AUGUCGGAGCAUUCGAUCAGAAAUUUGAAUAAGCGGUAUGAGCUAGAUGUUGUUUAUCUUCUGCGAUCGGCGAAUCCGAAAUAUGUAAAUUAUGCAUACGUUGGAACGACCCCCAACCCACAGAAACGUUUGAGGAUGCAUAAUGGUGAAUUGGCGGCUGGCGCGAAAAAGACAGAAUCAAAAAGACCUUGGGAAUACGUGUUGUUUGUAUAUGGAUUUCCUAGUAAAAUUGCCGCGUACCAGUUUGAAUGGGCGUGGCAAAAUCCACAUAAAACCCGUCAUAUCGACUCAUUACCCUAUCAGAAGAAUGAUUAUCGGGUUACUACAAAGUUGCAGGUUCUUAAUGACUUGUUGAAUUCAAAGUCUUAUUGCAGGUGGCCACUACAUCUUCACAUUAUGAUACCUUGUGAUGAACUUGCCGCAAUUGGUCGAUCACUUCAUCUUCGCGCGAACACUCCUCCUUUAUUCGAUUUGUUCAAGUUGCAAAAGAAUCUUCGGAUUACUCAAGGUUCUUUCGAAAAACAUUAUAUUGAUACUGGAAAUAUUUACUCCUUUGCUAAUAUCAAUGGGAUGUCAAAAGAUGACCGGUGCGCAGAUCAAUACCACAAAUUUGAUAUGGUAAAAAGAAGGAAUCCUACCUGUCGUCUAUGCGGAGAAGCUCUUGAAAUUAAAAAUCACAAGUCGUACAUCACUUGUCUAACACCAGCUUGUCUCAUGAUGUCUCAUAUUAUUUGUUUAGCCGACAAAUUCAUUUCAGAAGAAAUAAGCGAGCAUCAGUGCACCUCCCGGGACGAACCACUUUUACCAGUCAGUGGAAACUGUCCGGAUUGCGCGAACACACUUUGUUGGGGGGAUUUGAUAGACACGAUGCAUUUGCGAAAAGCUUUGAUAAGAUAA